ACUCGACUCUGAGGCCUUUGCCGGUGCUGUCGCUGCGAUCAGUUGAGUUUUGUGCGUUGUGCGGUUCAGUUGUAGCGCGUUCUGUUUGUUCUGCUCCGGCCCCCCUUCAAGACUCACACAAGUGAGAUCAAUCAGUGCACCAUACACAAACACACACAUACACACACUAAUACACAUAGAUACAAAAAAAAAUCACACACAAAUAUUCAGAACACACACACAGGCGCACACACUCACACAGAGAGAGAGAGAGAAUAAGCACAGUAUCCAGCCAGCAGCCAGCAUCCAGGUUCUGGUUCAGGUUCCAUUCAGUUGAAUUGAAUUUUAGUUGAGCUAAGGACCACGCCUGCACUUUUGCCGACUUUUGUCGACUUUUGCCGUCCCACGCAUUCAGAAUUGUUAAAUUGUUACAUUCAAGCCCAUAAAUCAAAAUGAGAGAAAUUGUGCAUCUGCAGGCUGGACAGUGCGGCAACCAGAUUGGCGCUAAGUUCUGGGAGAUCAUAUCGGAGGAGCAUGGCAUUGACAGCCAAGGCAUUUAUGUGGGCGACAGCGAUCUGCAGCUGGAACGUGUCAGCGUCUACUAUAAUGAAGCAGCUGCUGUGAGUCGUUCGUCUGGUGGCAAGUAUGUGCCACGCGCCAUUCUGCUCGAUCUGGAGCCCGGCACCAUGGAGUCGGUGCGUUCGGGUCCCUAUGGCCAGCUGUUCCGUCCCGAUAACUUUGUCUUUGGGCAAUCGGGCGCCGGCAACAACUGGGCCAAGGGCCACUAUACGGAGGGUGCCGAGCUGGUUGACAAUGUCCUCGACGUGGUGCGCAAGGAGUGCGAGAAUUGCGACUGUCUCCAGGGCUUCCAGCUGACGCACUCGCUGGGCGGUGGAACUGGCUCGGGCAUGGGCACACUGCUCAUAUCGAAGAUACGCGAGGAGUAUCCGGAUCGCAUAAUGAACACGUAUUCGGUGGUGCCAUCGCCCAAGGUGUCCGAUACGGUUGUGGAGCCGUACAAUGCCACGCUGUCGAUCCAUCAGCUGGUGGAGAACACGGACGAGACGUACUGCAUCGACAAUGAGGCGCUGUACGAUAUCUGUUUCCGCACACUGAAGGUAUCGAAUCCGAGCUAUGGCGAUCUCAACCAUCUCGUCUCGCUGACCAUGUCCGGUGUGACCACCUGCCUGCGCUUCCCCGGCCAGCUGAACGCCGAUCUGCGCAAGCUGGCUGUGAAUAUGGUUCCAUUCCCGCGUCUGCAUUUCUUUAUGCCCGGCUUUGCGCCGCUCACAUCGCGCGGAUCACAGCAGUAUCGUGCCCUAACCGUACCGGAGCUGACCCAACAGAUGUUCGAUGCCAAGAAUAUGAUGGCCGCCUGUGAUCCGCGUCACGGUCGCUAUCUGACUGUGGCCGCCGUCUUCCGCGGUCGCAUGUCCAUGAAGGAGGUGGACGAGCAGAUGCUGGCGGUGCAGAACAAGAACAGCUCGUACUUUGUCGAAUGGAUACCGAACAAUGUGAAGACGGCUGUCUGCGAUAUACCGCCCAAGGGGCUGAAGAUGUCGUCGACAUUCAUUGGCAAUACCACCGCUAUACAGGAGCUGUUCAAGCGCAUCUCUGAGCAAUUCUCGGCCAUGUUCCGUCGCAAGGCUUUCCUCCAUUGGUAUACCGGCGAGGGCAUGGACGAGAUGGAGUUCACCGAGGCGGAGAGCAAUAUGAACGAUCUGGUUUCGGAAUAUCAACAGUAUCAGGAGGCCACCGCCGACGACGAGUUCGAUCCGGAUGUUAACCAGGAGGAGGUCGAAGGCGAUUGUAUUUAAUGGUGUGGCCAGAGGAAUGAGGUGCGUGCGUGAGCGUCUCGUCUUUGGCAGUGGUGCCGGUGGCGCCGCUGGUGUCGCCAGUGGUGCCAGUGGUACACGGAAUGUGUUUCUGCGUGGCAUGCGGCAUCAGCUACGCGCCAAACACUGCAUCAUCCUCUAAAGACGCAAGCGACUACAAGAGACACACACACAGAAAUACAAAUACACUCACUCACACACACACUCUCACUCACACUCACACACAUACACACACAUACAUGCAUACAGGAAAUGUCAAGCGUAGUUUGACAGCAAUCGAAACAUCAUCAGCCGGAAAUGGUCCAAAGCUCUCAUUUCAUUUAAUUUCAUUUCACAUGCUUCCUUUUAAAAGCAUUCACUCAUUAUUCACUACUCACUUCUAUUCACUAUUCACUACUCACUAUUCAUAUUUUUAAUCGCAUUCACAUCUAUCUUUCAAUCUUAUUCUUCAUUCUACGCUACACUUUACACGGAGGCACGUCUAUCGCAUUUCUCGCAGCCAUUUUUCUUCAAUCUUUUCUUCAACUGCUUACCCCCUACUGCCCCCACACCCCCCUCAUUGCCACCCCCCUGCAUCAGCUCUCAAUAAUUUAAGUCACAAUUUUAUAACAUUUUUAAUAUACAUCAUUAUUUAUAUGCAAAACAUUUUACUAUUUCAAAUAUACAAUUUACAAAAACAUCGACAACAAAAAGGAAAAAAAAAUACUGCACAAUUCUCAAGAAAAGAAAAUACUUCAACAAACAAUAUUUCAAAUUGCACCGAAGACUGACGGACAGGCAAAAGUUUGGACUCAAUGGCAAUAUUACGAGUACUUUGUACUCUGAGCGCACCCAAAGAUCGAUCCUAUUGAAAGCAAAACAAAAAUCAACAAAAAAAAGAAACAAAAAAAAGAACAAUUUGAAUAUUAUCAUUGUAUUAUUCUUAAGCACAACACACAUGUUUCUGUAUUCCUGUGCAUAAUCCUCUAGUAGUCUUUAAAAAGUACCCAAGUAUUUAACUAAACUUGAAUAAUAAUAAUAUGCUGCAAAAACUUUUUCAAUAAAAUGCAAAUUUGCUAAAAAAAAACAA